CUUGGCAGCUCUGUUGCAGCUUGUCUUGCCCAUCCCUAUUACGUUUUUCAUUUCAUUCCAUAUUCUGCUACGGUGUUGAAGAGUGCAAGCGGUUAUUCUUCUCAAAGUGUUAACAUUGUGAAUAGUGGCAGGGAUUUUACUUUUUUGUGAUUCCAAAAAUUCUGCACCAAUUUUUUUAGAUAUUUCUUGUGACAAAACGCAGAAGCUGGCCAAAUUGAUGAGGACGGCUGAUGAGUAGCAACCGGUCAGGCGACAGAGAUCGUAUUACUGUGAAGAUACGUAACAUGAAACGUAGUGCCUCGCGUGAUACUCCACCAAGAUCAAAUAGGCGCGGAAGCAUCGGACGUUACGAAGGCAGCUCAGACGAACGAGUCAGCCCAGAUAGAAUGCGGCGACGUAUUGCUAGAUCACCGAGUCCCCGAGGAGCAAGUGGUCGUUACGCUUCUCCCCAUCGGGAAGAGUAUUCUCGCAGUGCUCGAGAGACUGAACGGUAUUCAUACAAAGUUUUGUGUGUAAGCGCUCUGCACCCAAAAGCGUCUGACGAAUUUAUUAAGGAAACGUUGUAUCGUGAAUACAAAAAAUUUGGUGAUUUCAGUAUUCGCAUUUCGCACGACCUUGAUGAACGCGUAGCUUAUGUGUGUUUUCGUACAUCAGAAGAUGCUCGGGAAGCGAAGCAUGCUAAGUCACGAAUUGUUUUGUAUGAUAAAGUAGCGUUGGUCGAACCAGUUUAUGAGUCGGCUAAAACUGAAUCGUAUCGCAGACCUCGCUCUACUUCACCUCAAGAUUAUGAUCGUCAUUACUACGCUAGAUCUCCUGGAAUACCUCCACCUGAACGCAGGCGCCCUGAACAUCAUCCGUAUGACAGUUACGGACCUCCUCCAGGUCGCAUGCAUCAUCCAGAUUUUCGUCCUCCAAUGCAUCAUGACUAUAUGCCCCGUGGACCACCUAUGCAUCACCAUGGUCCUCCGCAUAUGCAUCCAGGACCUCCUCAUCAUCACUAUAUGCCACGUCCGUAUAUGCCUCGUCCUAGAGUACCAUUCGAUAAACCUGAAAAUAAGAAGGAUAAAUUCCCCAAUUAUUUACACCAUAUCCAGCCGGAGGACGACCCAUUGGCUACAAGAACAUUGUUUGCCGGUAAUCUUGAAAUUAACAUCUCUGAUGACGAACUUCGUCGUAUAUUUGGGAAGUAUGGUAUUGUUGAGGAUAUUGAUAUCAAACGACCGCCUCCUGGUACAGGUAACGCCUUUGCUUUUGUACGUUACCAAACAUUGGACAUGGCACACCGUGCGAAAGUUGAAUUAUCCGGUCAAUAUAUUGGUAAGUUUCAGUGUAAAAUUGGGUAUGGUAAAGCCACACCAACUACAAGAAUAUGGGUAGGUGGUUUGGGUGCGUGGACAUCAGUUACUCAAUUAGAGCGAGAAUUCGAUCGGUUUGGUGCUAUAAAAAAAAUUGAAUAUAACAAGGGUGAUACUCAAGCCUUUAUAUUAUAUGAUUCAAUUGAUGCUGCAACUGCCGCUGUAAAAGAGAUGCGAGGUUUUCCACUCGGAGCUCCAGAUCGACGAAUCCGUAUCGAUUUCGCUGACAAUGGUACAACGCCAGCGUUCCCGAAACGUGGUGGAUUUGAAGAUGGAGGAGAAUAUCGUCGAGGCCCAGAAUAUGAAUUUUCGGAAGGGGCACCAGCUUAUGAAGAUGGGCCUGGAUAUGGAGGAUAUGGAGGCCGACCUUUCCGAGGACGUGGAGGGUUUCGAGGUCGUGGUGGCUUUCGUGGUGGGUUCCAUCGCGAAGGUCCACCCCAUCACCAUGCAGAAGGAGAUGACUGGCGUCGGCCCGGAGGGGAUGGAGAUUACGAAUCACGUCGUAGAUCAGGAUCUCGUGAACCUGGUAUUGAUAGGUCUCGAUCUCGUUCUCCACGUCGACGCAGUCCUGCUGAUUCAGAUUCUGACUCCUCUUCCCGUCGAACUGGAAUGUUAUCCAAUGCUAGAACUUUACCGGAAGUAGCACGGAAAUCUACAACUGUUUGGCAAGGGGCACUAAUAUUAAAAAGCUCACUCUUCCCAGCCAAAUUUCAUCUGACAGAUGGAGAUAAUGAUAUUGUGGAAAGUCUAAUGAAAGACGAAGAAGGCAAACAUCACCUUCGAAUUACUCAACGUCUCCGUUUGGAUCAACCCAAGUUGGAAGAUGUACAAAAAAGAAUCUCCACUUCGUCGUCGCAUGCUAUUUUCCUUGGUUUGCCAGGUUCUACCUCAUCGGUAGCGUCAUCGGAUGAUGCUAGUGUGCAAACGCGUCCGUUGCGUAAUUUGGUUUCGUAUCUUAAACAAAAAGAGGCAGCUGGUGUAAUAUCAUUGUUGAACAAAGAAACAGAAGCGACAGGAGUAUUAUACUCAUUUCCUCCUUGUGAUUUCUCUACGGAACUGCUUAAGCGCACUUGUCAUAAUUUAACAGAGGAAGGAUUAAAAGAAGAUCACCUGGUCAUCGUAGUUGUUAGAGGUGGCACUGCUUGAGAGACGAGAAUCGCAGCACUACCAAAUAAAAGGUGAACAAAAACUUUUAUAAUAUAAACUUUUCACAACAAACAUGAAUCCGACGGACACAAAAGAUCCAAUUCAAUCAUCAUUAUAGCAUUCAUCGAGUACUGUUUUAAAAUGCUUUACAUCCACUGCUCAGUGCACAAAUCUUAAGAGAAGACAAAAAAACUUGCGCGACGCCUUUAAAUUCGAAAUCAUCAAAAGCUGCACGUGGUACGUUUAUCGUGAGACCUUUUUGCAAGUGAUGGUGUUUAGUAAGGCGCCGCCAGUGAGAAUUGAGUGUCGAAAAGUGUAACAAGCACUUGGAUUAGGAAGAGCUUAAAAAUGAGGUUCAGACGUUGAGUGCUCCGAGUGAUUAGUGGAAGAUGUGGAAGAACUAACGGUACGUUCAAGUUUUCAACAGUAUGACUUACAAUACGACACAUUGUAUUUUACAGAGAGUGGUAGAAAAUGCAUCAAUAAUAUUCGAAAAGCUUAAGAAUGUAUAACUAUUACAUUAAUUUUAUCUUGUACUAGGUUUAAAGAUUUUUUAUUCAAUUUAUUUUGAAACAUUAAAAACACUAGUGAUUGUAGAAGCUGAAGCGUUGCAAAUUAUAUGUUGAAAAUGAAAAUCAUUACUUUUUUAGUAGAAAAAUGUGUCAAUUCGGUUCAUAAAACAUGCCGUUGCUAAUAAAAUUAGUGAUUUUAUGUAGUACAUCAUAACAACUGAACUAGUUAUCUAGCUUAUAUUGGAGUGUCGUGACAUAUAAACAUCGAAAAAUAAAAUUUAUUAUCUAACAGUUUCGUGAAAUAAUUAUCAAAAUAAGUAAGGAAAAAAUGUGUUUAGUGUAGUAGAAUCUAUUCAACAAAAAAACUUAUGUUAAUGAAUGAAAUUGUGCUAUAUAAACCGCUGUCAGAUAAGUGUUCGUUCAAUAUUCAGUUUUUUGAGUUGUGUUCAGUUUCAUUACAAAAUGCUAAAUAUCAUCACUUGCUUCAAUUAACCUGUGUUUUCGGGAGGAAUAUAAAAACUGUGACAAGUGACACAUUGGUGAAUUUGUUGAAUGACAUUGCACAAAUGUGGGUUUCUUUUUUUGUUGUUUAAUACAUUGACAAAAUGCACACGAAACGAUUGUAAAUGGGUUUCUAUCAAAGUGAUUGUUAUUUUUAUAUUUUCUAAAUCAUUGGUGCCAAGCUGUGUUCGGAUAUAAGCAACAGUUUUGUGUUUGUGUUUUGGUUGUGGCUUUUUGUCUGAGAAGUUUGAUGUUGGCAGUUUUGUGAAAACUUUUUUUAGGUAUUUUCGUCCAUGUGAAAUGCAAUGUAUCGAAAACUAUACUUGAUAUUUUAAGAAGUGAUCAAUUGCGGUUGUGUAUUUGAUGUACUCUCUUGGCAAAGUGAAGUUCAGUGUGCGAACAUGCGAUGCCCCGAAGGGCCACAAAUGUUUUACAUAAUAAAUUUAAUUGAAUAGUUGUGAUGUGAAAUGUGGUGUAUAAUUUAUUGUAAAUAAGUUUACAUCACUUAAAAGAAACAGUUCAUAGUGACCAGUGGUUUUUCGUGCCUCUGCACUAAACCUGCUGACGUCAUCUUUCCAGCGCUGAUGAUAGAAUGUAGCAUUUGUUUUUAAAAUUCUGAUUUCGAAAUUGGUUUUACAAAUGUUACCUUAUAUUUUAAGGCGCUCUUUCACUAACAGCAGAAGAUUGCUUUGCUUUUCACCGAUUAUUGGUGAUGUGAACAAAUAUUAUAUAAAUAUGUGCAUUUUAUCAGAUUGUUUCUUCAUUUGUGACAAUUUUGAACCUUGAAUGACAGUGCAAGUGACACGGUCGAAAUGAUCGUAAAAUAUUUCUCUUUUGAUUGAACAAGUUUAGGUAAUAUUCAAUUACUGUACUUAAACUACUCGUAAAUAGAGUGUAACUGUGUAACAAUGUCUUCUGAUCAUGCAUAUUAAAGUAUUGAAACUCA